UGCCCGGCCCGGUUCCGGUUCGGCUGUAGUUCCCCCCGAUACCUUCCCGGAGCCGCUGCCGCCGCCAUAAUGUCGUCUUUCCCAGAGCUCUACUUCAACGUGGACAAUGGCUACUUGGAGGGCUUGGUCCGGGGCUUCAAGGCUGGGGUGCUGAGCCAGCAGGAUUACCUCAACCUGGUGCAGUGCGAGACGCUCGAGGAUCUGAAACUACACCUCCAGAGCACAGACUAUGGGAACUUCCUGGCGAAUGAGGCAUCCCCACUCACUGUGUCUGUCAUUGACGACAAACUCAAGGAGAAGAUGGUGAUGGAGUUCCGUCAUAUGAGGAAUCAUGCAUAUGAACCACUGGCCAGCUUCCUGGACUUCAUCACCUACAGCUACAUGAUUGAUAAUGUCAUCCUGCUGAUAACAGGGACCUUGCACCAGCGCUCCAUUGCUGAGCUUGUGCCUAAGUGCCACCCACUAGGCAGCUUUGAGCAGAUGGAGGCCGUGAACAUUGCUCAGACUCCAGCCGAAUUAUAUAAUGCUAUCUUAGUGGACACCCCACUCGCUGCAUUCUUCCAAGACUGCAUCUCUGAGCAGGACCUCGACGAGAUGAACAUCGAGAUCAUCCGUAACACACUGUACAAGGCCUACCUGGAGUCCUUCUACAAGUUCUGCACCUUGCUGGGGGGCACCACAGCAGAUGCCAUGUGUCCUAUCCUGGAGUUUGAGGCCGACCGCAGGGCCUUCAUCAUCACCAUCAACUCCUUUGGCACUGAGCUCUCCAAGGAGGACCGAGCCAAGCUGUUCCCACAUUGUGGGAAGCUCUACCCUGAGGGCCUGGCCCAGCUGGCCCGGGCUGAUGACUACGAGCAGGUCAAGACGGUGGCUGACUACUACCAGGAAUAUAAACUGCUUUUUGAAGGGGCUGGCAACAAUCCUGGAGAUAAGACCUUGGAGGACCGAUUCUUUGAACAUGAGGUGAAGCUGAACAAGUUGGCCUUCCUCAACCAGUUCCACUUUGGGGUCUUCUAUGCCUUCGUGAAGCUCAAGGAGCAAGAGUGCCGUAACAUCGUGUGGAUCGCCGAGUGCAUCGCCCAGCGCCACCGGGCCAAGAUCGACAACUACAUCCCCAUCUUCUAGCUCCCCCUCCACUCCUCUGUUUACUACCCUUUGGCCAUGAUUCCACAAGGCCCCUGGGGACAGAUGGUGGGGCUCCGUGUGGAUGUGGGUCCGCGUGCGCCCACGGUACUGUGCAUGCGUGUAUUUGUAACUCGGUCACUGUUCUGGCCUGUUCCAUAUGCACUAAUGCCGAAGAAGCAGGGCUUCCUCUCCCUUCCCUCAUCCCCUGGAGCUCUGACGGGGCUAGCAUGGGGAGGAGGGGGUCUAAGAUCCUGGUGUCAGAGCUGAGCCCCCAUCCCGACAAGUAACCUCUGUAACUUCUGUGUUGUUCAAACCCCUGCCCCAAGAGAGAUGAGUACAGGGGUCCCCUGUCCUGAUGUUUACAGCUGUUCAAGGCAUCUGAGAAGCAUGUAGUCACUUUGAUCCCCCUUCUCUCCCUCAUUCAGGAAAGCCAGUUUGACCUGCCCUACAGGCUACCUGGCCCCUGCCAGCCCGAGGGCCCUGUCCCCAGUGGAAAAGUGGCGAGUCUGCAUUAGGGGCAGGGAGCACCUGGCACAGUCAUCCCUCUCCCCAACAGACCCACGUACAUACACAUCUACACACAUACACAGACCCCCCUCACCCCUACCAGCACCAGGGUUCUGGCUCUGGAAACUAAGGGGCCUUUCCUCUCCCUUCCACCCUGAGCCAGGAGGCUGCGGUACAGAAGUUAGGGAGCCCUACAGACCCUGCUCCACAACUGGGACCUCUCUUCUGUCAGAUUCACCCUGUUUUUGUGUUUCUCCUCACAAUAAAACUGCCCAUUCUGUGA